CACUAUGGGGAGGCAUAUUUCCGGGCGACGCCCUUCGAUGACAAUUACAAACAUAACACAACAACAAAAAUACUUGACAUUGAACACAAGAACAGACGCGGGCAUCCCUGUUCUCAAGAAUCAGAUUUUAUUUUGAAAAGCUGCUUGUGUAAUUUAACGUCGCAAACCGAGAGUGCGAGACGUGCUCGGCUCGGUUCUGCUUUGCUUACACGCGAAAGAGGUGCUUCGAUUUUUGAGUGUGUUUGCAGUGCAAAUUGCCUCUUCAACAGGAUGAACAGUGCAGCCGUGUACCCGCCUGUGGCCGCGCCCGCUGACAUGCAUCCCAGCAUGCCCGGGUACGAGGGCAUGGGCCAAGGCGGAGGAGGUUUCCUCCCGCCGCCAAUGCCCGUGGAGCCGGUGGCGCCGCCCCAACCGGGUCCUGAGCCCGAGGACUGGAGCAUCCCGUCUUUGCCCGAGGAUGUCGCCCGCGAGGCCUUCAAGAGCUUCGCCUCGUCCAACUGCUGCUAUAGCAAAGCGCCCGCCACGGACGGAGUCAUCACACAAAUGGAGCCAUUUAACACCUACAGGUAUCGCUUGGAGACUUACACGGAGUCCAGGUCAACUGAGUGGGGCAGCAAACCUCACGAAGGAGAGGUGCCGGACUUCUACACCCAGACAGCCCCCCGACCCUGGGAUGUCCAAGCCACGCCCCCCAACUUGUUCACCAACCACACGGAGCUCAUCCGUGUGCCCUACACCUCCUCUGUGAAGGACUGCCACGACUGCAGCGCGACCGGGAAGAUACCGUGUAAGGAGUGCACCGGAAGCGGACAUAAAGCGUGCUGGGUGUGCAACGGCUCGGGAACCAAAGAUGAUCUGAACUGCUCCCACUGUAACUCUACAGGCAAAGAAAAGUGCAGGAAGUGCGACGGUCGUGGCUACGACAAUUGCAAGACGUGCAAGGGAAAGCGACAACUGCUGACCUUCGUCCAGCUGAAGGUGGAAUGGACGAACCACGUCGAGGAUCACGUGGUGGAGCAGAACAGUGGCUUGAAAAUCGACAACCUGCGAUCCGUGAGCGGAAAGGAGCUGUUCAAGAACAACCAGUACCUGGUGUACCCGCUCAUGGGCUUCCCCGACCCGGCCAUCGGCGAGGCGUCGGCACGGAUGGUCCAAGAGCACCAGAGCAAGUACGCCCAGACUUCCAGGAUCCUGCAGCAGAGGCAGACGGUGGAGUUGAUCCCGAUCACUAAAGUGAGUUACAAGUGGAAGGGAGACUCUCACGUGUUCUACGUGUUUGGCAACGAGCAGCAAGUCAGCGCCGCCAACUACCCGGCCAAGUGCUGUUGCGUCAUCUUGUAGGCACAGGAAGUCCCGCCUCUUCCACUUCCUCCGUUGCUGGUGAUCGCCUGAAACAAAACUGUCAAAAAGUCGUCAAAUUCGGACCAUGGAUAAUGAGGGGGGUGGGGAGUACCAAAUUUUUGGAUUUAAACAUUUGUACAGUUAAAAAAGGGAAACUGACUUUUCGGAUGUUCAAGUGGAUUAAAAAAAAAAUAAUGUAAAAAAAAAAACUUAACAAUAUCUGGACACUUUUUUGGACAGCCUCAGGCUUCAUUUAUACACCACUGCUGCCUAAUUUUAAGAGAAAAUUGUUCAAAUUUUCAGUUUUUACAUUCAAAAGGCUUUUUGUUAGACUAUAUACAAUUUAAAAAAAAAAUUCAAACUUAGUGGAUGUUUCGUUGGAUGGGCUUUGGCUACUUUUUGAAAAUUUAAACAAUGCCACUGCUGUCAAAUAAAUCCGAUUUUCUCUGUUACAAUUAAACUUAUAUGCAAGUAAAAUAAUAUGUAAAAUAUGUUUAAAUCAUAUUAUUAUCAUUAUAUUAAUGAGUUAAAGUAUAAUUGUAUACAAAUAAUAUAAACACAUUAAUGGAUACAUUAAAGUACAUUUAUGAAAAAAAAUACACAUAACGAAUAGAUUUUUUUAAAAAAUGAAUAAAAUGUGGAUGUUUUUUUUAUUGGUAGGCUAAAUGCCAAACCAGGAAGCAAAGAUGAUGAAAAUACAAAUUUUCCAGAUGUGACCACUAAAUUGACCUUUUUUUAAUGGAGCUACCUAGUCCAAAUAUUGCCAUUUAUUCUUGUUUUUGACAUGAUUACCUCAAAAGUGAGUCCAUAACUUUUAAUGACAUGCGAGACUUUGUGGAUGUUUUCCAUCUCCAUCAUCUCUGAAUUGAUCGAGUAAUCUCGACUGGAGUGAAUAACUUUCUGAAAUGAAAUUGUCCGUUAUAUAUCUAGCACAUGUGAUAAAUUGGUAUUCAAAUGUUCUUGAGAAAACGCUGGUGCUCCCAACUGGCUGCCUCCAGCACAACCCGAAUGACUCGUUGCCAAAUUGUUGUUUAAGUAAAUACGUGCUGCGGCACUAUGUGUCACAUGCCUUUCUCUAUAUAAACUGCUCAAUCAUCACGUCUGUUGUUUAUCAUGCGACAUAUUCACGACUGCUUGAUGUUAAUGAACUUUUUUCUUUUUUUUUUACUAUUUGUCCAAGCAGCCACUCGCUAACCUGACGGAUGAUUUGAUGACGAAAAACUUGGUGAUGAUGAUGUUUUGAUGGCUUGUAGUGUUAAAUGUAGGUAGAAAUGCUCUUUGUUAUCAGUGCGCCUUGUCAAAAACAAAUAAAUACUCACUUUCACUGGA